AUGGGCAUGGGCAUGGGCAUGCUGUUUUUCUUCUUCUUGCCAUGCACCGGAGGAUUCAUGGGUAAAGAGACAGCUGGGCUCGGUUUGGAUGGUGGACUGGGGUUGCCUGUCCCGUCCAGCGAUGAAAGUCAGUCGCUGGGUGGUGGUGGUAUUGAUGGUGGUGAUGGUGGUGAUGGUGGGAUGGAGAGGGGGACCGGGCUGUUGGGUGGGGCCAGAAACAUGGCAGAUGGUACACUCAUGUUCAACUUCCCGUGA